AUGGGUGAUUCUGAAUUAACUUAUGGAUCUUCUAUAACAGUAGAUUCCAUUAAAGUCAUAGCUGAAAGUGUAGGUAUUGCAAGUCUUGGUGACGAUGCCGCAAAGGAACUGGCUGACGAUGUAUCAUACAGACUUAAAAUUAUUGUACAAGAUGCUAUGAAAUUUAUGCACCAUUCCAAACGCCAGAAAUUGUCUAUAACUGACGUAGACCAUGCUCUGAAAAUAAAAAAUAUCGAGUGUCAAUAUGGAUUCAUACAACCAGACUCCUUACCAUUUCGAUUUGCAUCCGGUGGUGGCAGAGAGCUACAUUUUGUGGAAGAAAAAGAAAUAGAUUUAUCUGAAAUAUUGUCUGCGCCCCCACCAAAAAUUCCUCUAGAUGUUUCAGUUAGAGCACAUUGGUUAAGUGUAGAUGGUGUGCAACCAGCUGUCCCAGAGAAUCCACCACCAUUGUCAAAGGAAGCUCAAAAGCUCGAAUCAGUUGAUCCUAUUACAAAGCUAAGCAAGCCUAAUAAUAAAGAUUCAGCUGGAAAACCAGUAUGUGGAAAAGCAGCACGAUUAAAAGCUUCUGAAUCUGUACAUGUUAAGCAAUUGGCUACUCAUGAAUUAAGUGUGGAACAGCAAUUGUAUUACAAGGAAAUAACUGAAGCUUGCGUUGGAAGUGAUGAAGGUCGACGUGCGGAAGCACUGCAAUCACUGGCAUGCGAUCCAGGUUUACAUGAGAUGUUACCAAGGAUGUGCACUUUCAUUUCAGAGGGGGUGAAAGUAAAUGUUGUGCAAAAUAACCUUGCUCUUCUUAUAUACUUAAUGAGAAUGGUUAAGGCUCUACUUGAUAAUCAGUCUCUCUAUUUGGAAAAAUAUUUACAUGAAUUGAUUCCAUCAGUAUCAACAUGCAUAGUAUCACGUCAGUUAUGCCUACGACCAGAAAUGGAUAAUCACUGGGCAUUGAGAGAUUUUGCUGCACGCCUAAUGGCUCAAAUAUGCAAAACUUUUAAUACAUCAACUAAUAAUCUUCAGACUAGAGUUACUAGAUUAUUUGCAAAAGCGUUACAAUGUCCAUCUCAAACUAAUAAUGAAACUGGCAAUGGUCCAUCAAUGGUGACUACUAUGAAAGAGUCGGAGAAAACACCACUUGCAUCUUUAUAUGGAGCAGUUCAAGGUUUGGCUGAGCUGGGUUCGGAGGUUGUGAAAGUGUUCAUAUUACCACGCGUACGGUGGCUGGGCGAGCGUGUGGAAGGCGCUUUGAGCGGACUGGGCGGGGCGGACCGACUAGCCGCCGGGAACCUCAAGCACCAACUGCUCAAGGUGCUCGCCCCAGUCGUGCGCCAGCUCCGCCAGCCGCCAGACGUUCCGGACGAAUAUAAGCGCGACUACGGGUACCUGGGGCCGAGCCUGCAGCAGAUGGUGAGCAAGCUGCGCACUUCGCCCGCCGGCGGUGGGGGAGGGGGGGCGGUGGCGGUUGUGACGUGCACGCCGCCGCUUGUGCCACAGGCUACGCCCACCGCGCCCGCUCCGUCCAAGCCCGCAGAGACCUUGACGACGCGUAACGUGGUGAUAACGGCGGGCGGUUCGCAGCAGUCCUCCGCGCCCGCAACGCCCCCGCCGCAGAAGUUCGUCAUCGUGUCGCAGCAGAAGGCGCCGCAGGUCCAAGCGUCAAGUAGCGCGGGUCAUAUUGUACACAGCUCUCAGCCUACUAUAGUACGAAGUCAAAAUGUGCAGUCGGUGGUGGUGACCAGCGGGCCGGCGGGCGGUGCAAAUGGCGGUGGGGCGCCGCAGAAGGUGGUGGUGGUGGGGAUGCCGCCGCAGCAGGCGGCCUCGUCCACCACAGCCCAGCCGCAGCACAGCCAGGCGCCCGUGUCGGUGAUGGCGAAGCCGGUGUUCGCGCGCGCCGGCCAGCCGUCGCAGCCGCCGCCAGAGCUGGACGACCUGUCGCACCUCGCC